AUGGCGAGCGGAGCCGGUGUACCGCGAGCCCUCCUUUUCUUCUUCCUGGUGCCCGCCUAUUUGCCGGUGCCCUACCUUGCGCAGCCUGUGACACCUCCCUUUCGUGAUGACUUCGGGGGCAUGCCUAGAUGUGGACAGGCCCGUCCUGUGCAACUGGCGGCAUGGCUUGAUGGACCCGGCGACGAGUCCCCUAUUGCGCACCCGGACGGCACUGCGGCAAUCCUGGUCUUCGAAACACCGCCGUUGCCCGGCUACGUGUACCCCAUUGACGGCAGUGCGCCAUUGGCGCAGACACAAAGGCGCGUCGGACAAGAAGAAGAUGGCUCCUGGAUCUGCCGGCGGGAUCUCAGCGAGCUUCGGGUGCAUGCGGAUCGCAAGGAGGCGGUGGAGAAUGCAGCUCUCAAGAUCCAGAGCACCUUUCGCGGUUGCCGCGGGCGGAAGACUCAUCGAAAGCUUAGGACGGAGCAUGACCUCAUCUUCAACUCCGCCGCGAAGCUCCAGGCGAAGAAAGCGGCAGAUGAGAAGGCAGCAGAUGCUCAGAAGGUGCCAUAUGUUGGUUGGGGACAUGUUCCGUGGAGGAGUUCGCGCGCGACGGUUUGA